AUGUCGACACCGCACGUAGCUGGUGCCAUCGCGCUGUUGCUUGGUCUCGAUCAUACGAAGCCGCCGGCCUACGAAAAGAUUUUGCAUGGUCUGACUCAGACGACCACACGCACGCUGCAUAAGCCGUUUCUCGUGCCUAGUGCAUGUGGUAACACGACGUACCACGAAUAUCCCAACAACAUCUACGGAUGGGGGCUACCAAAUGUGUGCUUAACGGCGAACUACCUUGGUUUCUCAUGUGGUAAAUCGAUCGUCAGCGGAAACAACUUGACUGGAGAACAACAGCUCGUCGCGCGUGCUGAUGUUGUAGCGAUUGAGUAA